AUGAGAUUAAAUAAAAAUUACAUACAAAUUACCUUUAUUAUUUUCUUCGUUAUUAAGCUCUUGAAAAUUGGUUUGAUGAACAAUGGAUCGCUGAUAGAAUUGCUGACGAUGUUGUUGAGUAAAUCUGGUACUAGUGGAAGUGAAAUUAUGGAUCAAUUUAUUUCCGAAAAUAAAUUAAAAUGGAUUCCUUAUAAUAAAUUUGAAAAUAUUAAAUAUCUUAAUAAAGGUGGAUUUGGUAUUAUUUAUGAAGCUACAUAUAAUAAUUAUAAAGUAAUUCUUAAAUCUCUUAAUUAUCUUAAUAAUUCAUAUGAAAGUUUAAAUGAAUUUUUAAAUAAGUGGAAAAUUAUUGAUUCAAAUAAAAUUAUUAAAAUAUAUGGAUUUACAAAAGAUCCAGAUACUUUGAAUUAUAUGUUAGCAAUGGAAUAUGCAAAUAAAGGUAAUCUAAGAGGAUGCUUAACAGAAAUAACAAAAAAUUGGGGACAGAAAUUAUAUAUGUUGUAUAAAAUUAUUAUUGGUCUUAAGGAUAUUCAUGAAAAAGGUCUUAUUCAUUAUAACUUUCAUGAUGGUAAUAUUUUAUGUAACAAAUAUUCAGAAAAUGUAUAUGAAAUUUAUAUUAGUGAUUAUUUAAGAUCAUAUCAACUUGCAAAACCUUUCUCAAAAGAAAAUAGUAUUUAUGGCAUUAUACCAUUUAUGGCACCUGAAAUUUUAAGAGGCAAACCUUAUACUCAAGCUAGUGAUAUUUAUAGUUUUUCUAUGAUUAUGUGGGAAUUUACAUCUGGUAUUCCACCAUUUAAUGAUAAGGCACAUGAUCUUCAACUUGCUUUAAGUAUUUGUAAAGGUGAACGUCCUGAAGUCAUUGAAAAUACUCCACAAUGUUUUAUAGAUUUGAUGAAAAAAUGUUGGGAUGAAGAUUCAUUAAAAAGGCCAUCUGCAUCAGAAAUUUUAGAUACUAUUGAAAAAUGGAUUUUCCUUUCUUCUAAUAUAGAAAAUAAUAAAGUAUUAAAAAGCAAUAUUAUGGAAUUUAUAAAUGCGCCAAUUGGAUACAAUAACCUUAUUGUAGAAUCUCAUUUACAAGCAUAUUAUACAAGUAAAUUACUUGAUUUUACUAGUAAAGAAUUAAAUAAAAUUCUAAAAGAAUCUCAAGGGUUAAAAGAUGAUGAUGAUAUUGAGCAGGAACUACUCAAAUUAGGAAUGAUUGCUGAAACCAGUUCUCAAAAUGAGCUAAAAGAGAAACAAGUUCUUAAUCAAGCAAAUAAUUUUCUAAAAGCCAAGGAUAAUUUUUUAGCUUCACGAGAAGAAGCUAUUAAAAAACUGCAAAAUUGUUGCAAUAAUCUGGAAAGGUUUACUAAUAAAGAGAGAAAUACUAUUGGUUCUAUCAGUGAUAUGAAAAUCUUCAAAUUGGCUGAUAAAUAUACUAAAGAGUUUCAAAAUACUCUUGUAAAAUAUAGUGAUGGAUUACUACAGUUGAAUAAAGUUUAUGACUCUUUAGUGGAUAUUGUUCAAAAAAAUAAAGAGUUGGAAGUUAGUCUUGUUGUUGAAAAUAUGCUUAAGUUGAAUUCUUUUAAUCUUGACAAAUACAAUAUUUUUAAAUUUGUUACUAAUUCUCAGGAAGGAGCUAGAACUCAAUUAAAUUCUAACAUGAUGAUGGAAGAUAUAGAUUCAUUAAGAAAGAAUUUGAAUGAAUUGAAAUCAGAAUUAAAACAAGAAAAAAAGGAAUUGAAAAAUUUAGCGGAGAUUAGAAUUAACUAUAUUGAUGGAAGUUUAUGA